AUGAGCCCAAUCAGACGUGUUGGUGGUGCGGCUGAACCAGCUGCAAAUACCGUGGUGGUCGACGACCAUCACCUGGAAGAAAAGUCGGCAGCGCCUGCGGAGGCAAUCGAGAAGAUGCUAGCCAUGCUAGGAGACCUGUCCGAAAGGAUGAACCGGAUGGAGGUCUCCCAGAGAGAGCAAGGCGGCAAGAACUGGCAGGGCUCACCCGAGUCGAGUAUCGCCAGUCGGCAACAGGAGGUCGGGGCAGGGAUUAAUCUCCAGACUUUGGACCGUACCCCUCCUAAGGAAUCCUCAAACGUGUCACCAGCAACCUAUUUCGGUACACGGCGACAACAACAGGCAGGUGUUGAAGGUCCUCACGCGAGAAAAGCAGAGGAAGGAGUCAACAUGGGUCAGGCACCCGUCCCUGGGAUAUGCCGGGCAGGUUUGCCUGAAGGACGCUACCCCGGUAUGGGUAUGCCUAACGGGGUGUGUGUUUACCCUGGGCAGCCGGGAGUCGGCAUGCCGGAUGCGCAACAACGAAAGCUUGCGUUGCAACCUUUCGAUGGGAAGGAACUCUACCACGGUCUUGGUAGCGGUUUCAUGGAGUUGGGCAAGGAAUUUGUCCGCCAAGUCAGGUUCGCAGAGCGUGCAUGUGGUUUCGUGUGGCUGGAAAAUAUCAAGGUUGAUGUUCUAGGUCAACACCUAGCCGGUAAGGCACAGACAUACUACCGUCGGCAAGUGGAAACGUGGUGGUUUGAAAACCAAACCCUGGAACAUGCGAUGCAGAGACUACUGCAGACCUUCACGACGAAGAUCUCGCCAGCACAAAGCAUGAAGUUGUUCACAGCACCCAAGGCACCUCACCGAAACUAG